AUUUCGGACGGGUUAUGACCCAAGAUGGCGGCGCCCUGCGCUUUUGAGCCUUGGCUUGAGAGUCGUCUCGAGGCCCUUGGAUUAGAUGGAGAUGUGUACGGUGGAUAUAUACGAGGCGUAUUGAGGGAAGCGGAGUGCGAUGCAGAGCGGCUGGAAGGGCUAGCAGGAGCCUUGGCUGCGGGGGAACCGGAUGAAGAUAUUUUACAAGAAGUUUGUAAAGAAAUAAUUAAAAAAUGGUCAGAGGCCCAAGAUGUUGAAAUCAGUGAGAAGAAAGAAGAUGAGAUCCAAGCCAUCACAAACAUAAUUGAAAAGCAGGCACAAAUUGUUGUGAAAACUAAAGAGGUCUUGAAGGAAGAUACACUUCAGAAAGCUGCUCUCCUGGCACAGUAUGCUGAAGUGACAGAUGACGAGGAUGAAGUAAAUGUACAUGAAGAUUUGGGAGCAGCAGCAAUGCCUAUUGCUUCUAACAAAUCUUUGUUCAAAAAUACAAACCUGGAAGAUGUUAUGAAUGCUCGUAAGCUGGAGAGAGAACAUCUACGUGAUGAAUCCCAGCGAAAGAAAGAGCGGGACAAACUCCAGCGGGAGAAAGACAAGCUGACUAAGCAAGAACGUAAGGAGAAAGAGAAGAAGAGGACACAAAAAGGCGAGAGGAAGCGGUAGCUAAGAACUGCUGUUGGACUUUCUUCCCCUCCAUUAUCUAAAAGAUGGCACAGCAUGCACGUUCAGCCAGAAUGAUCAAACAGACAGAAGCUUUUUGAACAUUUUUCUUUGUUUUUCCAAAGCAGAAGCAUGUACUUGGCAAGAUUUGCAGGAAGGGGGAAUGUUUUCUCUCUCAUGAUAAAAACUUUGAUUUAAAAUUUUGUGUAUACAAUUUUGCUGUCCAAGAAUUUGGCUGAAUUGUCAUAGCCAAGAUCUAUAACCAAAGAACUGGUGACUUUUUGUUUUUUCUUGUCAUUUUCUGCUCUUAUUUAGUAUUUUCUUGAAAACUGAAAAGUUAAGGAACUUCUAUAAUAUUCAGUCUACCCAAAGGUUACUUAUAGGUGGUAGAAUUGUUGAGGAAAAAGCCAGUUUGCUACAUGUAUUUGUCAAGAAGAGAUAACACGCCAUGAUGAGUGUAUAAGAUUGGAUUUUGCGCGAUGCUGUAAACAUCUGACAUCAAAUGUGAGACAACAUACUUCAUUUGUUCAGGAUUGGCCUAAUAAAUAUAUAUGUGACUUCAGCAAA